UCUAACAAGCUGAACAACUCGCUAAGAGCUGCUAGCUAGUGCACACUCCUCGAACACAACCCUGCUAAAUGGAACACAUCCGGUGUCGGCGGUCUCCAAGGAAACAGUUUGUGCUUCUCUGUAGUGCUCCACCCGAGCUCCUUCACCGGCUGUUCCUGAUGUAACAUCCUGCUGUUUUACAUUUAAACUUUAAUGCUUAACUCUAAAACUUUAAUGUUUCUUUCUCCGCACAUCAUGGCAGAAAGUCUCCGUUGUUUCGGUGAAUGUCCAGCAGAGAGCCGGAGCUGAGGAAAGACUCAAAGCUGUGCAAAGUGCUCAAUCGCAGUCAUCCCUUCCUUUUAUCCUUAAACCUCAUAUCAUGCCAGGACAGAUCUCCCCAACCUCUCCAUCCUGGAGUGCCUCAAUCCCCACUCAGCCAUUCCACUUUCGUCUCCGUAUCGAGCCGAUUGACUGGCGGCGUAUGGCAGCGCUGGACGUGGACCGUGUGGAGAGAGAAACAGACAUAAACGUGCUGCAGGAGUUCAUCAGUGCUGUGACUUUCUGCGCUGUGGAGGGUGAGCGGUGUCCUCAGUGCCGCUGUCCAACGGACAUAACACUGCUAAAAGUUCUGCGCAUGUCCCAGCUCAGCACAGAGUACCUGCUGCACUGCCAGGACUAUCUGAGCUCACAGGUGACAGCGCUGGAGGAACGGCUGCAGGGAGCACUGGCUCAGACACUGCGCGAGGAAGAUGAGCGAGCAAGACUCGAAAAAGAGUUGCAGGAAAUCAAGCUGGAGAGCCGGCGUAGGAAGAAACUCAUCGCUACUCAACAGCUCCUCCUGCAGUCCAGUGCCAAUAAUUACCACAAGUGCCAGUUCUGUGAAAAGUGUUUCGUCAAUUACUCUUACUUACAGUCUCAUGUUCAGCGCAGACACCCUGAGAUCACUGAUGCAGAGCGACAGAAGAAGAUGCAGGUGGAACAGAUGAAAGAUGGACUGGAGGAGCUAAAAGAGAAACUGAGACUGACUCAGAGUCGCCUCGAAGCAGAGAGAGAGGCAGAUGCAUAUCGGAGACACCAGGAGCUGGAGGAGCAGCGGAGAAGAGAGGCAUCAGACCGGGAGAUGAUGGAGAGAUGCAAAGAGGUGGAGAAAAGGACAUUUCAAGAUGAAAUCGAUGGCCUGAGACAGCUUCUUCACCAGGAGUUUGAGCAAGUAAAAAACAAGAGCGUCUCCAUAGAGGCUAAACUACAUGAAUUGGAGAGCAGAGAGCGAAACCUGUCUAAUCUAAGAGGUCAGGAUGAAAUUGAGAAAGAACAAAGGAGGAUCAGAGAGAGAGAGCUGAAUGAGCAGAUGGUUCAGACGAAGAAUAAAUGGAAAAAGAAAGUGCAAGAGCUGCAGAACAGACACCAGCAGGAGAAAGAGAAGUUGGAAAGUGAAAAUAACAGGCUGCAGAUGGCCUUGUCUGUGGAGGAAAGCACAAGUUCUAGUGUGCACUCGCUGAAGCAGCAGGUUCUGUCUCUCUCUAAUCAGCUCAAAGAGAGAGACACACUCCUCCACUCACAGAAAAAGAAGAUAAAGAGGUUGAUGUCCAGAUCACUGUCAGGGUCACUUCCAAAAAUGGCUGUGCAGGACUCUCCAGAAGAAGAAGGAGAUGAUGAAAAGGAAGAGAUUGUUGAAGUAUUGACAACCCAAGUAGAACCAGCGAGAGGAAUUCCAGUGCAGAGGAAGAAUUUCAGACCCAUCAUUAAGAAAAGACUGCAGAAGAGACUGGAGAUGAUGGGACUAAGAAAGGGCACUAAAGGAAUCUCUACUCAGACCCUGAAAAGUCUAAUCUAUGAGCGAGGACAGACAUUUAGGAGCCAGUCACAGUUGCAUGAUUUGAGGUACAGCCUUGAGAACCAGCUAAAGGAAAGAGUGAGAGACCUGCAGAGGAGCCAAGGAAAAUCUACACCUAGCACACACAUGCUACCGAGAAAGAAACUUCGUAGUCCGGUCAUGGAACAGAGCUCUAAACGUAGACAGCUCAGCUCCAAAAACUCCCCACAGAAACGUGAGAUUCAUCAGCCUCCUACAGCUGCACCACGCUCCAAAGCACCUGCACUCACACCGAUUCGACCAGCACAGCAAAAGAAGAGCAGUACUCCACCCUUCAGCUCAGAAGAGGAGGAUGACGACGAGUCAGGCGAGGACAGCGCCUACAUCACAAAUUCCCGGGACAAACCGUCCACCUCUGUUCACCUCACACCAACGAAGGAACGACAGAGAGCAGAACAUGAGUUCAGCUGGUCAGACAGCGAUGAUUCAGAUGAAUCGGGCACACAAAAACCACAACAGGCUUUUAGUACACAUGGUUCAGUUGUUCAAACGCUGACAAGAAGUUUAGAAAAGCAGCUCAGCAGCAGCAUCACAAAUCCUGUAGGAGGAAUACGAGUCCUGCCUCCAGCCUCUCAGCCUUCACCUCGACCCUCCAUCAUCAAACAACAGGCGGUGUCUGAGGAAGAGAGUGAUGUGGACUUGUCCUCCAUCGAGGAGCUGACCGCUCCACCCACGGCCGGGCGCAGAAGCUCAGAUGUGGGUGUCACCUCAGGCACCAGCGUAUGGAGCUCAGCUGCCAGCAGAGGAGGAGCAUGGUGAAGGGCUUUAACAUUCUUAAAUUUACUCUCAAUUUAAUCUUCAUUUAAUAAGUUUUAAGUCUAAAAUCUAUCACCUGACUUAUUUAGUUAGCACUUGCAUAUGUUAUACUGUUUAGCCUUAAUAUGGAAAUGUGGCUUAAAAUGAAAUUAUAUUUAAGUUAAACUAUAUUUAAAGGAGAUUUUACAUUUCUUUGUUUUCUAUUGCAAAUAAAUAAAUAAAAAGAAAAAAUAUUCUCUGAUUUAAUCACACACAUACAUGCCAAUGUUUUUAUCUUUUAGGGUUUCUGAUUCAUCUGAUAUGCUAUAAAAUGGUGAACUUUUGACUUAUGUUACCAAAUAAUUAAAAUAAUUAUUAUAAUACAGAAAAAAAUAAAGAAAACAUGAACAAAAAAUUAAAAAUUACAAAUGAUAAUUAAUGAUGGGGGAAAUGACAUCCUUAAAUAGCUAAUGCAAAGCAGACUUCAUCUGGAAAAUUACAAGUUUUUUAAAAGUUUUUUAAUUAAGCAUUAUUACAUGAAUAAGAUUAGUAGUGAAUAUCAGCAUGCCUCCCUGUCUGUCUGUCUAUCUAUCUAU